CGGACAAGGAGUAAUACGUUUUUUCUUAUCAACAUGCAUGGAGAAGCUGAUGUCUGGUUUUUGCAUCAAUUUUGGGAGAGCCAGGCCAUUACAUACCAUCAGCAUCUCACUUUCUUGUGGAGAGUGAUAUGUUCCUUAUGGCAGGGAGGAUGGUAGGGCACUCCUUUCUUCAUGGAGGCCCAUGCCUAUCUGGACUUAGCCCAGCCGUUGUGCACGUCCUACUUGGUGGUAGUCCUGAAACUGCCACAGUUACACCCGAGGACUGUCCAGACCUAGACCUGAGAGGGCCAAUUCAGCUUCUUGAAGGGCAAUCCAAGCUGUCGGAUGAAGAGCGAAAACGUGUUCAGGAUCUGGCAUAUGCAUGGGACCUCCCUCCCUUGACAGAGAACAACAGGAGAUGGCUGUUUGAGAAAUUAUUACUCCAUUCUGUCAUUGGAAGAGUGACGAGGUCAAUAAAACAGCUGAGAAGGGGACUUAAAGAAAUCCCUAUGUGGACCCUGCUGACCCAGCGACCUGACACGGUGCCCUUACUCUUUCCACAAGAGUUGGCUGCUGUGAACCCUGAGCAACACCAUGUGAGCUGAAAAAUCUCCUAAAAUUCUGGACUGGAUGGGAGAUUGUGCCAAAAAGUCUCACAGUGGAGCUAGUAGAUGGCAGACAUCCAACUGCUGCCACCUGCUAUGAGACCUUGCGCAUUCCAUACCACUACAAGGACUAUUUAACUUUUAAGGAAGACCUCAUUGCCUGCUCUGAAACCUGCCACUCAG